UUGUCUCCUCCUCAGUCAAGUUCCUGUGUUUCCCACCCAACCUGACAGACAUGUUGCAGCCAUGUGGCGUUAAAGGGAACUGCAGUGUCCCAAUGCCAGUCCUGCUGCCCAAGCAACCCAUCAACCAGACAGGUAACGCCAGUGCAGGUUGCCUAGGUCCAUUUGGUGCUGGUCGGAAAGCUUGGAGGAUUGUCGGGGGGAUGUUAGCAGAAGACAAGUGGGGCUGGCAGAGCAGUUUACACUGGAGAGGGAAACAUGUGUGUGGGGGAGCCAUCGUCACCCCACGUUGGAUCAUUACUGCAGCCCACUGCUUCAUCCAGUACAACAUGUUGCAGGAGUCAGAGUGGCAGGUGGUUGUGGACACGCUCAGUUUGACGGACACAUCAGUGGGCCAACGCUACAGAGCACUGCAGAUCCUCUAUCACCCCAGCUUCUCCGUAAACAACAACGACUAUGACCUGGGGCUACUGCGCACCGUGGCUGACAUAGACAUGGGAGGUGGGGUUCGACCAGUGUGUAUGCCCAGUCCUAGAGAGUCCUUCCUUCCUGGUGCCCCCUGUUGGGUCACUGGCUGGGGCUUCACUAAAGAAGGGGGCUCUGUAUCGUCUGAGCUGCGACAGGCUCAGGUGCAAGUGAUAGCCCAGUCCAUGUGUUCCCGCCCGAAUGUCUACGGCUCCUACCUCACUCCCAGGAUGCUUUGUGCUGGCACCAUGGAGGGAGGGGUGGACUCAUGCCAGGUACGCACACACACGCACACCAAGAACUGCAAAACAAAAUACUCAAAAUACUGAGGAAUCUGUUUAUUCCAUGAGAAUGAAAGGCCUCUCUGUUACUCCAGAUGUCAAUGGCUAUACUCAGCUGGCCUAUGCU